AUGGCCGGAGAAGACGCCGCCGUUUCCGCAGGCACUGCGGCGCUGCAGAAUCCGCCCAAGAAGGAGAAGUACGACGAAGACGAUGAAGACGACGUUCCGCUGGCGUUCUCUCGAGGCAAGAAGAAAGCGAGCACGGCGAGUGCCUCCAAGGUCAAGAAGGAGGAGGACGACGAUGAUAACAUUCCGCUUGCGCGUUCUCGGGCCAAAAAAGCGAGCAAUGGGGGUGCAAAGAAGGGGAAAAAGGAGGAGUACGAGGAGGAAGAGGAGGAGUACGAGGAGGAGGAGGAAGACGACGACGACGAGGAUUUUGCAGAUGAGUACACUCCGGUUUCGCGGGGAAAGAAGGGAAAUGAGAAGGAGAAAAGCAUUUCCAAUAGCAAGGUGAAGGCUUCUAAAGUAAAGAAAGAAGAAACCGGUUCUGAUGAUGAAUGCAAGCCAAAAUCUCAGAAGAGAAGUCCAGCUGCGGGCAAACCCAAGAUUUCCAAGAUUAAGAAACCAAAAGAUGAAUAUGAUACAAAGGAGGAAAAGAAAAUAAAGAAGGAAGUUGGUAUCAAGAAAGAUGAAAAGAAGGCUGCUGGGGUGGAGGGGGCUAUUGUGGUGAAGAAGGAGAGAAAGUUGUAUGAAUUGCCAGGGCAGAAACAUGAUCCUCCUCCUGAAAGGGAUCCAUUGAGGAUAUUUUAUGAAUCGCUCUAUGAGCAGGUGCCCAAUAGUGAAAUGGCUGCAUUUUGGUUGAUGGAAUGGGGUUUGCUACCGCUGGAUGUGGCUACAGAGGUCUUUGCGAAGAAACUGGGUCAGAAACUGAGGUCACCGGUCAAAACGCCUUCUACACAGAGAAGGGCAAGUUCUCCAACCAAGAAGGUACUGCUGUUAGGCGAUAAGAAAACCAACUCAGGUACAAAGGGAAAAACCACAGCACAAAAGAAGAGGGCAUCUAGCGACACAGAUGACGACGACUUUGUCAAAACCAACUCAGCCACAAAGGGAAAAACCACAUCACAAAAGAAGAGGAAGGCAUCUAGCGACACAGAUGACGACGACGACGAUGACUUUGUCAUGCCUAAGAAGUCCAAGAAGCAAAAGAUCUCUAGCUAA